AUGUCCUCCCAUUACACCACAGAGCCCGCUCCCACCGCGUCCGCUACCCUCAACACCACCUUCGGCCCGAUCCACAUCUCCCUCUUCGCCGCUCAAACACCUCUGACCUGCAAAAACUUCCUCCAACACUGUCUCGACGACUACUACGCCGGCACGAUCUUCCACCGCAUCGUACCAGACUUCAUUGUCCAGGGCGGCGAUCCCACAGGCAUUGGCUCCGGCGGCACCUCCAUCUACGAGGACCCGGAGUUCGAGUACGACCCGGAAGCGCGCGAUCCGAACGAGAAGGUGGUGCUGCGCGAUGAGCUGCACAGCCGGCUGCGGUUCAACCGGCGCGGGCUGGUGGGGAUGGCGAAGAGCGAGGACGGCAGCUACGGGAGCCAGUUCUUCGUCACGCUGGCGAACACGGAGCGCGAGCUGAACGGGCAGUGUACGCUGUUCGGACGCGUCGAGGGAGACAGUAUCUACAAUGUGCUGAAGAUUGCGGAGGCAGAGCGCGUGGAGGGCACGGAGCGGCCCGUGUAUCCGGUCAAGGUGCUUUCGUGCGAGGUGGGCGAGCUGGGCCCGUUUGCGGGCAAGCUGAAGAAGAGGGAGACGGUUGCGAGGGCGCCGGCGGCGGAGGCGCAGGCGAAGCCGCCCGCGGCGAAGAAGAAGAAGAAGGCCAAGGCGGGGAAGACGCUGCUGAGUUUUGGUGGGGAUGAGGGGGACGAGGAGCUGGUUGUUCGGCCGGCCAAGCCCAAGUUCAACUCGACUCUAGUGACGGAUGCGAAGAUCGGGGGGCAGGAAGAAGCGCCGAAGAAGAACGCGGUAGCAGCAGACAAGACACAAACGAGGAAACGCGCGCGCUCACCCUCGCCGACGAGGAACUCACCGUCUCUCGAACGCAGAACCCGGCCCAAGACACCCGACCCAGCGAUGCAGCUGCCCCUCCCCGACCCCGAAAGUCCGGCGCGUUCGCCGUCGCACUCGCCGCCGGCAAGACCGUCGAUCCUGUCGCGAACAAACGCCGAGAUUGAGAAUCUCAAGGCUUCGAUGCGACGCACUGUCGCGACCGGCCCGGCCGAUACCGGCCGCAAGAAAUCCGCGCUGGAAGCCAUGAUCCCCGAGACCGCCAUUCGGGGCCGCAAACGCCCGCCCCCCGGGUCGGUGGCGAACGCCAGCCGCGGCGGCGGCGGCGGCGGCAGCAGCACCAACGGCGUGACAGGCUUCAGCAGCGCCGAGAACGAAGCGCUACGGAUGUUCAACGCGUUCAAGGCGAAGCUGGAGGGCGCAGACACAACGCCAGCGUCAUCACACAAGGCCAGCGCCGGCGGCGGCAGGCCCGAACAGCCCACUGGCGGAUCGACCGCCGAACCCGAGGACGAAGAGGCUCAGCUCUGCGAUCUGCACUUCAUCGCCAACUGCCAGUCGUGCAGAUCGUGGGAUGACCCCGGCGCGGCGGAAACCGCAGCGGACGAGGACGACCGGAACUGGCUGUCGCACGAACUGCGCUUCGGCAAGGACAUGCUCGGCAAGGAUCUGAACUGGAAGCGCGAGCACCCGGAGGACCUGGACUCGCUUGUCGUCAUUGAUCCGCGGGAGCGCGAGAAGGAGCUUACAGGUGGGCGACGGCGGGGGCUGGAGCGGGAUCGGGAGCGGGAGCGAAAGCGCGAGCGCGUGGGAGAUCGCGAGUGGGAUCGGCGGAAAUGA